AUGCAGGCGUUCGCCCCGCCCGCGGCCGGCCUCGCAAGGUGCCUGCGCAGCUCAACGCCGCGUUGGACUCACCCGCUCGUCUUUGCUCGCCAACCUGAGUGCGUGGGACAACGCCGGCGCCUCCAGACAUCCACCGCAUCGUCGCGGACCCCAGACUUUGCCUUUGCAUUCGACAUCGAUGGCGUCCUUCUCCGCAGCUCUGACCCGAUCCCAGGCGCAUCCAACGCGCUCACCUACCUCCAGGCCCAACGCAUCCCCUUCAUCCUGCUCACCAACGGCGGCGGCAAGCAUGAGUCCGAACGCGUGGCCGAGCUGAGCGAGAAGCUGUCGGUGCCUCUUUCCACUUCCAACUUCCUACAGAGCCAUACCCCGUUCGCAGCCAUGGACCAAUACAAGGAAAAGACAGUACUCGUGUGUGGUGGAGACGGCGCCAAAUGUCGGGACGUGGCUGAGAAGUACGGCUACAAGAGCGUUGUCACGCCCGGUGACAUUUACGCUGCGUACCCGGAGAUCUGGCCAUUCUCUAAGAACUUUCUCGACUACUACCGCUCCUUCGCACGCCCUCUUCCCCGUCCCAUCGACGCUGCGAACCCGGACGCCUCGCUUAAGAUUGAUGCCGUGUUCGUGUACAACGAUCCGCGCGACUGGGGCCUCGAUGCUACAAUAAUCAUGGACGUAUUGCUCUCACAACAGGGAAUCAUGGGCACCAUCUCGUCCAAGAACGGCGACAAGAGCUUGCCGAACAGGGGAUACCUGCAGGAUGGUCAGCCGCCGCUGUACUACAGCAACCCGGACUUGUGGUGGGCGGCGAAGUACCACUUGUCGCGCCUUGGCCAAGGUGGUUUUAGGGAAGCGCUGGAGGGAAUCUGGACCGCUGUGACGGGUGGCGAGAGGCACGGCGUGGAGCUAAAGAAGACGGUCUUCGGAAAGCCGUUCCGCCCGACGUAUGAGUUUGCGGAGACCUUGCUGAACAAGUACCGGGAGGAGAUGUUCACGGGAACCAAGCUGGAGCCGCUAAAGCGGGUGUACAUGGUCGGAGAUAACCCAGAGUCGGAUAUUCGCGGCGCGAACAUGUACGAUAGCCCUCUUGGAACAGACUGGAAGUCUGUUCUUGUCCAAACGGGCGUCUACAAAGAAGGAACGGAGCCCGCUUGGAAGCCUAGGACUAUCGUUAAGGAUGUGUAUGAGGCGGUCAGCAAAAAAAUGUCCAAAAUCAGCCAAAUAAUCACGGCCCACCGGCCGGCGCUCGAGCCGUACGAGGCGCUCUACAAGCACCUCCACCAAACGCCGGAGUUGUCGUUCCAAGAGCGCGAGACGGCGGCCAAGAUGCGCGAGCACCUGUCGGCGCUGUUCGCGCGCUUCCCGCAGCUGGCGACGGCCAUCCACAGCGACAUUGGCGGCUCGCACGGCCUGGCCGCCACCAUCCGCAACAAGACGGAUGGCCCCGUCGUGCUGCUGCGCGCCGACAUGGACGGGCUGCCGGUGCGCGAGCAGACGGGCCUGCCGUACGCGAGCACCAAGACGAUGCGCGCGCUCGACGGGUCGGGCGACAAGCCCGUCAUGCACGCGUGCGGCCACGACGCGCAUAUGACGUCGUUGCUGGCGGCGGCGGAGCUGUUGUGCAGUGCCGCGGCCGAGUGGGAGGGCACGGUCGUGCUGUGCUUUCAGCCGGCGGAGGAGCUGGGGAAGGGCGCGCAGGCGAUGGUGGAGGGCGGCUUGUACGAUAGGGUGCCCGUGCCGGAUGUGGUUGUGGGUGGGCAUAUUACGUCUCUGAAGGCUGGGACAAUUGGCACGCGGCGUGGAACGGUAGCUUCGGCGGCAGACUCGUACAACCUCACCAUCCACGGCCGAAGCGGGCACGCCUCGCAACCGCACCGCACCUGCGACCCGAUCGUGACGGCGGCACACACCAUCACGCGGCUGCAGACCAUCACCGCGCGCGAGAUCGACCCGCAGGACGCAGCGGUGGUGUCGGUCGGCUACGUGCGCGCGGGCGACGCCGUCAACAUCAUCCCGGGCACGGCCGACCUGGGCCUCGACGUGCGCAGCUUCACGCCCGCCACCCGCGCUCGCGUGCUUGCCGCCAUCCGCCGCAUCAUCGACGCCGAGAGCGCGGCCGCCGGCGCCCCGGCCCCUCCCGACCUCGUCGAGACGCGGACGUUCCCGCUCUUGGUCAACGACGAGGCGGAGACGGCGAAGGUCGAGGAGGUGUUCAAGGCGCAUUUCGGUGCUGAUUACGACGCCGAUGCGCGGAGGUUGGGCUUCAGUGAGGACUGUGGCAUUUUGGCGACGAGCGUGGGGAAGCCUGGCGUGUUCUUCUCGUACGGCGGGACGGAUCCGGAGCUGUGGGAUAGGUUGGAGAGGGAGGGUGGGGAGGAGAGGGUUUUGGAGGGCGUGCCGGUUAAUCAUUCGGCUUUUUUCGCGCCUAAAUUGGAAGCGUUGAGGUAUGGCAUUGAUGGGUAUGCGGGAGGUGCUUUGGCCUUUUUGGUCAACGCGUGA